CGGCGGGGGCGCCUCGGAGGGCAGCGCCGAGGGGCGCGGGCGCUGCCGGAAGCCGGGGCGGGGCGCCCGGGCGGGAUGCGGUGAAGGGCGCGCGGCGCGGCCGCCGCGAUGAGUGCCUCUGCGGCCACGGGGGUCUUCGUGCUGUCCCUCUCGGCCAUCCCGGUCACCUACGUCUUCAACCACCUGGCGGCCCAGCACGAUUCCUGGACCACUGUAGGGGUUGCUGCCCUCAUCCUGCUCCUGGUAGCCCUGCUGGCUCGAGUCCUUGUCAAAAGAAAACCACCCCGGGACCCGCUGUUCUAUGUGUUUGCAGUUUUUGGAUUUACCAGCGUGGUGAACCUCAUCAUAGGACUGGAACAAGAUGGGAUCAUCGACGGGUUCAUGACGUACUAUUUGAGAGAGGGUGAACCGUAUCUGAACACUGCAUAUGGGCACAUGAUCUGCUACUGGGAUGGCUCCGCGCAUUAUCUGAUGUACCUGGUGAUGGUGGCGGCCAUAGCAUGGGAAGAAAGUUAUAGAACCAUUGGCCUAUAUUGGGUUGGAUCUAUUAUUAUGAGCAUUGUUGUUUUUGUGCCAGGAAACAUUGUAGGAAAGUAUGGAACACGAAUUUGCCCUGCUUUUUUCUUAAGCAUACCAUAUACUUGUCUUCCUGUCUGGGCUGGUUUCAGAAUCUAUAAUCAGCCAUCAGAAAAUUAUAAUUAUCCCUCAAAGGUUGUUCAAGAAGCCCAAGCGAAGGACCUGCUGAGAAGACCCUUUGAUUUAAUGUUGGUCGUGUGCCUCCUCCUGGCAACUGGAUUUUGCCUGCUCAGAGGCUUGAUUGCUUUGGAUUGCCCGUCUGAGCUCUGCCGAUUAUAUACACAACUCCAAGAGCCCUACCUGAAGGAUCCUGCUGCUUAUCCUAAAAUUCAGAUGCUGGCAUAUAUGUUCUAUUCUGUCCCUUACUUUGUGAUUGCGCUUUAUGGCUUAGUGGUUCCUGGAUGUUCCUGGAUGCCUGACGUCACACUGAUACAUGCUGGAGGUCUAGCUCAGGCUCAGUUUUCUCACAUUGGUGCUUCUCUUCAUGCUAGAACUGCUUAUGUCUACAGAGUCCCUGAAGAAGCGAAAAUCCUUUUUUUAGCAUUAAACAUAGCAUAUGGAGUUCUUCCUCAACUCUUGGCCUAUCGUUGUAUCUACAAACCAGAGUUCUUCGUAAAAACAAAAGCAGAUGAAAAGGUGGAAUAAAAACAUUACUUCAUGUUCUUCCUCUCUAGAUUUGUGACUCUUGUUAUACUGGUACUGAUAUUUUGUCCCAUUAUCCUCUUCCCAUAUACGAAUACUUAAGAAUACAUAAAUUCUUGCUCUGCACUAAUAUGUAUGUUGGGGUAAAUUUCUUUUUUGAAGGAAAACUGAAGUGUUGAGAAAGUUUGUUUAAAAAAUCUAUUUGAAAUUAUUUGCAAAUAAACCUUACCAUUUAUCUCAA